AUGGCACAAGAAGUACCAACUUUCAAGCUUGUUUUAGUCGGAGACGGUGGUACCGGUAAGACUACUUUUGUUAAGAGACAUUUGACGGGGGAGUUCGAGAAAAAAUAUAUUGCCACCUUAGGUGUCGAGGUUCACCCUCUAGGAUUUCACACAAAUUAUGGUGAAUUGAGAUUCGAUGUUUGGGAUACCGCCGGUCAGGAAAAGUUUGGUGGUUUAAGGGAUGGUUAUUAUAUUAACGGUCAAUGUGGUAUUAUCAUGUUUGAUGUCACGUCUAGGAUUACUUAUAAGAACGUUCCUAAUUGGCAUAGAGAUUUGGUAAGAGUAUGUGAGAACAUUCCAAUCGUCUUGUGCGGUAAUAAGGUUGAUGUCAAAGAGCGUAAAGUCAAGGCAAAGACAAUUACAUUCCAUAGAAAGAAGAACUUGCAAUACUAUGACAUUUCCGCAAAGUCCAACUAUAAUUUCGAAAAGCCUUUCUUAUGGCUUGCCAGAAAAUUAGUAGGUAACCCACAAUUAGAAUUUGUUGCCUCCCCAGCUUUGGCACCACCUGAAGUUCAAGUCGACGCUGACUUGAUGCACAAAUAUCAACAAGAAAUGGAACAAGCUACCGCUUUGCCAUUGCCAGAUGAAGAUGAUGCUGAUUUGUGA